GUAAAGCUUCGCUUCACACUUACGGAGGCAGACAGCCACCGGAGGGUCGAGUACAAUUCCCGGCCUUUCAAGGAGUCGUCUUCGCGCGCUGUUCUCUUUUCGCAUCACCGCUUGGCACAAACCGCGGCAUCUCCCAUCCGGCAAACGGAUAGACGGUCACAUCUCGGAUCCAUCCUCCUGGCUCUCCCGAUGCAAACUCACCAGGCGCUCGACGGCAUCUCGGAGGGGCUACGGUCCCUCAACCUCGACCCCCCUGACUGCCUUCUAUUCAAACCUAGCAACGAGAACUCCUGGCUCGGAGCUACGUUCAAGAACGUACCCCGCUACCUGUUUCGAGUUUUUACCCCCAUGUCCCGCGGCGCGACCGAUCCAAUCUGGGCCAGGUCUAGGGAUGCGGCCGACGGCAACCCAAACGCACGACGGGACAUCUUUGCGAGGGACGAGGAAGAGGUGGCGAGCAUGCUAAAUCAGCAUCUUAGGUGGUGGGAAGGCGUCGAAGACAACUUCGUUUCUUGGACGAGCUCGUUGUUAUUUGCACUGGUCUACAUCUUCAACCGCCACGCAAGUGAAAGGGAUGGCUCGGCCUUUGAGGAUAUUUUCCUUUGCAUCGUCGACACUACCCUCUUCCCCCGUGGCGUGUUCCUCCGGGAUCUGGAUCUCAUCGACGCGUUUCGCAGAUUCGACGAUCAGCUAUAUAAUCUCGGGAUUCUCCGGCGGGAACAUCGCGGAGGGUUGCUCUACUUUGGGGAAUAUCUGUCGCAGGGCGCUCUCAAGAUCGAGGGCAAGUGCCGAAUUGUUUCAGCGCAAGCGAUGAUUGACCGAGGGCUAUAUGACUUGCAGCCGAGGUUCAAGGAGUUUGCCGACUGGCAACCAACAUGGGAACCGCUUUUGGCCAGCCCUGUUCUUGAACUCCGCGCGGAAUUUAAGCAGAAAUCAGGAGAUGCGUGGGACGUAAGCUUCAAAGAACAUCUAGCGGCAAUGGACAUUGCAGACCUCUUUGGUGGACGCUGGGCGCUGCCGGUGGCAGCCAACCUUCUCGCAUUACGGCCUCGCCGGAUCUGGGACCAGCGUAUUCUCGAGACGUUUAGAGCACCGCGUUUUACAGGCUCGUUCUCUCUCUGACCCUUCGCGACAUCGGACUUAUGCUAAGUUAAUCGAUACAGAUGACGCAAGAGAGGAUUGCUCCCCUGAGAAGACAAAGGUGGUUGCUCCCAGCUCGCUGCCAGAAGUGCA